UGGGUAUUCUUUGCAUUUUUACUAGUGAGUAGUGAAAAUGCAUCAGGAUUGAACGAAAAACCGCGAAAUUUAAACUUAUACAAAAGAAUAUAAGAACAGAUCUGUACACCCUAAAACAUGGAAUUCGUGACAGACAACAAUGAAAGGGGUAUGAAACACCAACACCCGUGGUAUAUCGACUGUCGUUUUCCGUCCACGGAGGAAAAGGCAAGUUACAUUUAAGGCAACAAUCAGUUCAACUGUGUAUGGGUGGGGCAGUACAGCUUGGUAAAGCAGAAGACUGAUGAGAUAUUAUAGCAGUGAAUACACACCCUGGGUUGAUUUCAAUACACAGAUAAUUUCUGGCAGAAAUGACUUGACAUUCCCAGCAAAUAAGGAGCAAUGAGCAAGCGUGCUCCUGAUGGUAGGUUCCAACUAAAUUCAAUUAGGUGCCAUAUUUCUAAGCAGAACUGUGGGUGAAAAUAAUGUCACGUAACAGACAGCAUCAACAGCUCUAUUAUUGCAAUUAUUAUUAGGUAGUGAAUGUAGGGCCAUGCGUUGUGCAUGUCUAUAUACUGUCAAGUGGUUAUUCUGGGUAUAAACUGUUAAGCACUUAUUGUUUAUAUAUAUAUUCUGUUCAUAAAAUACAUAUAUUUAUAUAAAUGAAUGCAUAUAUGUAUAUAAAUAUUGGUAAAAAUAUUAUCAUUAGGAUUUGUUUAUAUUUUCCUGCACUACUACUGAAUAACCAUGUCAAACAUUUUCAAUCUCUUGCUUGUAAUUUUACAAGCUUUCAGCGCAUCUGCUUCUAAUCAACUGUUGACAAACAGGGGGAGUUUUAAAGUUUCUUCAGUUUCUACAAAACCGAAUGCUAUAGCAGAGGUGAUUUACAACUUCUGCUUGCCUGCAGUUCCUGAUUUCGUUCACGCGACAGCAAGACCGAGCAACCCAUCUUUGCCCCACAGGUUUAAUCUGAAUAUCCUUGUUAUUAAGAAACUCAGUUUUGCUGUCAGAUUAGAACGAGUUGAUCAACCUAUAGGCUGGGAUACGAUGGUUACUGUGGAUUGGUUCAUGUAUAUAGGUGUUGCUGUAGUACAUAAUGGCUUAGUUUUCUGGCUGCCGCAACAUGUUGGUGUUAUAACACAGAACCGAGAAGAAGCGGCAACUUACUGCACAGAACGUGGUGAUAAACUGCCGGAUAUUGCAGAUAGAGAAACGUACGAGUUGAUUUAUAGUUAUGUACGGAAAAACUUUGUAUACCAAGAUUCUGGUGGUUGGUACAUUAAUAUCUGGCUGGCCUCUGAUUACAACCCCAAAACUGGAGAAGUUACACAGAGCAACGGGGAACCUGGUUACAAUGGGAAUUGGACAAUUGGUUUGCCUUCCUCUCACCAUAAUGAUACUGAAUUAGCUGUUACAAUUCGCCAUCAUAAUCCUAAAAACGAUACAGGAAUGCAUAACGUCAGACGCAAACCAAUCAAAACAACUGUCGUCUGCUCCAUAAGCCUUGUGUUGAAUCCAUGACUUUAGUCUUGCUUUUAAUAUUCUUGCUAUAUUUGACAUUUUUUGAUCAAAAGUAUAUUUUGGUUAUAGUUAUGGAAUUCAUUCUUAAACAUAUUUUCCUUUUUAGUAAGCACAUAAGUUUAUAUUUUGAACAUGGGAGUAAGACUAUUAUAAGAGCUAUAUUUUGGACAUGUUAUACUAAUACCAAUAGUGUUGAAAUUCUGUAUUAUAAGUUUCAGGAUGUAUUAUAAUGAAAAUUAAGCUGAUUAGUUAUCGCUCAGCAUUAAAAAUAUAUAACAAACUAUAUCAUUAUACAGGGUGUCCAAGAAAUUGUCACUAUAUGGAUUUUUUUAAAAAUACAUUUAAAUAUUAUUUCCAUUAAUUAUAAUCAGAGUCUGUAUAUAAACAGGAGUUAUAUAAGGUUUAUAUACGGACUCUGGUCAUAAUCGUAACAUACGGUCGAAUUGUUCACAAUCUGCAUCAACAUGUGUUGUAUAUAAACAAAUGUAACACAUAAAAAACAUGUUAAAACAUAUAUGUAAACUAGUAAGGCAUCAGUUAUAAUUAGGAUAUGAAUAAAAAUAACAAUUAUAAUUGCAGUAUUGUUUUUUUUCAUCAAAUAUUAAUUCACAAUAAAGAUACAAUUGGAAUCCG